AUGGCCAGGCUGCGGAAGAAAGCGUGCAUAGCUCUGUUCUUAUUUACACUCUUCGUUUUCGGAACCAUGAUGGGUUUGAGAACUCUGAAGCCCAGCGAUGGGUUCUCGGACCUGGCCCCGGGGUUGGGCCUCCUGCGGAUGAUUGGAGGAAGGAUGGACCGGCGCUCGGUGUCCCAAGACGCCGUCUCCUCCCCGGGGCAGGUGCGCGCCAAAGUAGUUUUAUCAAACUCUGGACCUGAAGGAAUCAUAUUUUACGACGUCCACAUAUUUUACAGCGUGUGGUACGGGAACCCGUUGAUGGAUGGGAAAUACAUGCACUGGGACCAUGUCCUCGUGCCACAUUGGGACCCCAAAAUCGCCGCCAGUUACCCGAAAGGGAGGCAUAUGCCGCCGGAGGACAUCGGCUCCAGUUUCUAUCCUGAGCUCGGUCCGUACAGCUCGAGAGAUCCGGAUGUAUUGGAGUCACACAUGGAGCAGAUUGGAGCGGCUGCAGCAGGUAGAGUGCAAAGGUGCAGUGGUUAUUCUAUACUGAAACAUACAAACAAGUUUUAACAUUCGUAUUAGUUUUGCUUCUGCAGUACCUGUCAAGUUAACUUUAAAGUUUUAACAUUUUGUUCUACUUUGAGCACAGCUGCUUCUCUUGCCCUUUGCCGGUUUAUUUCAGCACCAAUGCAGUGGACAGCUCCGCACCCUCACCUAAGCCCACCAGCAGCCUUUUAGAACGGUGUUUGUCUUGACAUCCACUUCCAAGCAAUCUUGAACGUUAACAAUUGAACACUUGAAUAAUAUGUAUUUACUGCUUAUCUGUAUUUCACUUAUAUCGAACAUACAAAGUUGAAAGUCAGAAGUAGGCCUAGCGGGCGAAUAGCAAGUCCCCUUUUUACUCUGAAAAGCUAUUGAAAAUCCUUGGUCAGUAGGAGUCCUUAAGUCUUAUCAGUAAAGGUCAGCGCUGAAAUAAGUAGCCUAUGUUUUAAACGAAAAAAGUAAGCUACUUUUAUUGACCAAAAUGGGAGUGAUGAUGCCUUAGAGUUGGGUGAAAACAAGUGUUGAAAAAUUAUUGAUGAGACAGCCAAUCGAGCCAUGCUAAUAUGAUCGUCCCUUCCCCUAUCUUUCGCCUCCCUUCCACCUAAACCGAACGCUGUGACAGAUGGAACAAGGAAAGGCCAACUGAGUGUGCUUAGUUAAAAAGAGUCCAUCUAAUUAAAGCCACUGGCACAAAGACCCACCAAAAAUUCCAAAUAGCAUCCUGCUCGCAGUGGUGACUGAUACCACUCCACGAGGAGUCCAUGAAUAAAAUGAAUAGUGCGGCCAUAACUUUUUAAUACACGCGGCCAUGGCUUUUUAGAAAUUGUAAUCAAAUAUUCCACACAGCUUGUGACCAAAGUGGACGUGACUUGAUCAAUUAGCUGCAUGCAUACUGUGUGUGCCAGUGGCCUGCUGUGCUGGCUGCUUGACAGAAACAGUAUUUGAUAUUCCCCUCGAUCAGGGUGUGGACAAGAAUUCCUCAUGCGUGUACUGAAAGAUACUCACUCUUAUGAUUAAAACAGAGUGUCUAAAGAUUCACUGCAUGUAGGAAGGCAAAGGCAUGUUUCAUGAGUCAGAUAUGAGGCAUCACUUAUGCUGUCUAAAGAUACAGUAGAAUGGUUGUCUGUUGGAAUAAGGGAGACAGACAGCACGAGCAAUGUGCAAUGCAAGCAAUGUAUUCCAAAUGAGCCAUAGCCAUAUACAUCUGGCAGAAUAUAUAGCCUAUAUGCAUCAAAGUUAGUCAUUCAAGUCAGUGGAACUCUUGAGAGAUGUUGGCCCAUAGAGAUCCUAUUGUAGGCCUACAACUGGCAGCAAUCACAUCAAUAAGUCCUUCAAGCCAAUCUGGAACCCUUAGGCAACAAUCACAUAUAUCAGUGUCAACAUCACACUGACCAAUAAGACUUAAAAGGAUGUAACAGAGAGAUCAUGAGGUUCAGAAUUGGGUAUCAGAGAUGUGUGGUCAUUGAAAUAGAAUGACUAGAUUGGACAAUCCCAUUGAAGUCAAUAUUCUGUGAUAAGUGGACCAGCAGCCAUAUUGAGUGUAUUGUAAAAUUGCCAUGCUAUGAGGGGCUUUUCCCUUUCUAGUCGUUUUAUUUCCCCAUUCUAGUAAUUGUAUUUCUAUGUGUGUGGUAUAGCCAACCUGAAAGGUCCUGUGUGGAGACUGAGAGAGACUUCUCCUGUGUGGUCUAGGGGUGCUGGUGCUGUCUUGGUAUCCUCCAGGCCUGGCCGAUGACAACGGGGAGCCCACAGAGGACCUGGUGCCGGCCGUCCUGGACGCUGCUCACAGACACAACCUCAAGGUAAGGAACAGACAGACAGAGAGACAAACAGACAGACAGACAGACACUUUGCUUUGGGAUCAGUGUUUGGGAUUCAUGAGCUCUGGAUAA